AUGGAGCUUGAUAAGACUUAUCUUGAUAAGGCUCGAUCAAAAAUUUUCACACGGACUGUACCUUAGUAGUACAGGAACCACAAGAAAUCAGAGUUACCAUUAUAAAAUAUUGAAGUGUCAUUUUUUUUUUUGCAUUACCAAUUUUUUUGCAUAUCUUCUCUGUUCUCAGCCUUCUAUGGCCUCUUUCUUUUCUUUUUUGUUUCUUCUGUUUUCCUUCAUUUUCUUUCUUCCCUCUGCUACUUCGAUUUCAUUUCGGAUGUCUCAGUUCAGUAACAAUGAUAAUAGCAUAUACUAUGAAGGAGAUGCGAGAACUUUAGCUGGAACCAUUGAUUUCACCAGCCCAAAUUAUUUGUGUCAUGUUGGUAGAGCCACCUACACCAAAAUGGUGCCAAUCUGGGAUUCCAAAUCCAGAGUGCUUACAGACUUCACCACCCGUUUCACUCUCAGCAUCGACACUGAAGGCCGUCCAGCUUAUGGUGCCGGAUUUGCAUUUUUUCUUGGUCCUGUUGGAUUUCCAAUCCCAGUUAACUCAGUUGGGGGUUUCUUAGGCCUCUAUAACACCACAACCACUGGAUCCUCUCGGAACCAAAUUGUCCAUGUUGAAUUUGACACCUAUUCAAAUUCGGAUUGGGAUCCUCCAUAUGAACAUGUGGGGAUUAACAAAAACUCAAUUUCUUCUGCAGUAACCACUCCUUGGAAUGUGACUUUCCAUGGUGCCGACAAUGCUGAUGUUUGGAUCAGUUACAACUCUACUACCAAGAACUUGAGUGUAUCUUGGACUUACCGGAAAACCAAUACCCCGUUAGAGAAUUCUAGCCUUUCUCACAUUGUUGAUCUCAGAGAGAUCCUUCCUGAGUGGGUCACAAUUGGAUUUAUUGCUGCCACAGGUCAACUACUAGAAAGACAUACACUUCUGUCUUGGGAGUUCAGUUCAAGCUUAGAUAUGGAGGAGGAAUCAAAUGGAAAGAAUGGCAAUUCUUUGUUACUCUUAGUUGGUCUACCAGUUGUAGUGAGUGUGUUCUUUUUUGGAGCAAUUGUAGCUUUUGGGGUUUGCCGUAGAAAGAAGCUGCAGAAGAAGAAAAGAAAGCGAAUAGCGGAGAGAUUGACUUUAGCAUCAAUCAAUGAAGACCUGGAAAGAGGAGCAGGUCCAAGAAGAUUCUCUUAUGAAGAACUAGUUUCUGCUACCAAUAACUUCUCCAAUGAUAAGAAAUUAGGUGAAGGAGGAUUUGGUUCUGUCUACAAAGGCUACCUGAUUGAUAUAGACUUGCCAGUUGCUGUCAAGAAAAUAUCAAGAGCUUCUAGACAAGGCAAAAAAGAGUAUGUGACCGAGGUCAGGGUUAUUAGCCGGCUGAGGCACCGGAACCUGGUGAAACUCGUCGGUUGGUGCCACGACAGAGGCGAGUUCCUGCUCGUGUAUGAGUUCAUGCCAAAUGGAAGCCUUGAUAUGCAUCUGUUCAGCAAGAGAAGUUAUACUCCUCUGAACUGGAAUUUGAGAUAUAAAAUUGCCCUGGGAAUAGCGUCUGGAUUGCUCUAUCUUCAUGAAGAAUGGGAGCAGUGUGUUGUGCACCGUGACAUUAAAUCAAGUAAUAUAAUGCUAGAUUCAAGUUUUAAUGUGAAGCUUGGAGAUUUUGGGUUAGCUCGGCUCAUGGAUCACGAGAUAGGUCCCCUGACAACGGGAUUAGCAGGAACUUUAGGCUACCUUGCACCUGAAUAUAUAAGCACUAGAAGGCCUAGCAAGGAAUCGGAUGUGUACAGCUUUGGGGUGGUGGCAUUAGAAAUUGUGACAGGCAGAAAGACAAGUGAGCCUCCGGAGGAGAACAAUGAAAUAUGCUUGGUAGAGUGGGUUUGGAAUCUUUAUGGAAAUGAAAAUCUUCUUUCAGGUGUUGAUCAGAGACUGAAUUCGGAUUUCGACAUGAAUCAAGUUCAGUGUUUGAUGAUUGUGGGACUAUGGUGUGCUCAUCCUGAUCACAGUUUUAGGCCUUCAAUAAGACAAGCAAUUCAAGUGUUGAAAUCUGAAGCAAAUACUCCUAAUCUUCCAAGGAGAAUGCCUGUUCCUAUCUUUCAUGUGCCUAAUAUUCCCUCAACCAGUGCUGUUGGUGAAUCUUCGAUGAUGAGUAAUUCAAUUAUUGAAGUGGGUCGUUAAGCUAGCUUGAAAAUCUCUUCUUCUUUUUUUUUUUUUUUUUUCUGAUAUAAAUCUAGACUGGAAAAUCUUCUGUGUCUGGUCAGUAAAUUAACAUUUUUGCUUAUCAGAAGUCUUGAUAAACGUUUGAUGUGUCUGCGCAAUAUUGUAAAUUAAUAAAAAGUCCGAGCCAAGUUGUUUAUAGAA